CGCGUGGAGCGCUGGGGAGUCGCUGUCGCCGGCUUCUGCGUGCGCGCCGGGCCGAGUGACACGGCCCUCUGCUGUUGCGGCGAAGGGAAGGAGAGAGACCGCGGAAGGCGACCGGUCGAUGAAAUAAACCGAUCGGAGGCUGCCCCUGCCUCGUGGAAGUAGGCGGUGGGAGACGCACGCAAGCAGCUGCCCUGCCUUCCCCGGCCAAGACUGAGCCCGUGAGGCGGACGGUCACGGGCAGAACCGCCGCCACCGCCUUCCAAGCGGCUGACAAUGAAAGUGAAAGGCAGGAGCCGCGGAAGGGGAGGUGGAGGCGGCGGCUGCCCCCGGGGUUGCGCCUGCCGCCUCCCCCACCGUGCUGAGUGAUCCCGACCUUUCCCGGUGCGCUUCUCUCAGGGAGCGUUCCCGAAGAAAGAAAGCUGCCGCCUCUGUUUCUGCUUCCUCGGAACAUUGGCCGUGUUUUCCUCGCGGGGACCCACGAAGAGGGUGCAACGUGUGAACGCUGGCUCGUCUCCUUUCGCUCGCCUGCAGCUGCUUUUCGAGUGGGGCCGCGUGGAUCCUAGACGGCGACGGGAGAGGCGGCGGCGGCGGCUGGUGGUCCCGCGACAGCCGCCGCGAUUCAGGUGGCUUCUCCGCACCCCUCCGCUCCGCUUGGCGUUGAGAGCGGGGAGAGAAGGUGGCUGCGCGGAAUAAGCCCAGUUUAAAGUAGAAGCAGAAAGCCAACUCUCCUUGCCGUUUUCCUCGACGUUUCCUAUUGCGGCUGGUGUUUUCCCCUGGAAGACGGAUUGCGGUGGUGUAGCGGAGUUUCGGGGUCUCCCCUGGCUUGAAGGAGAAAAGUGGAGAGAGAUCAGUCAGUACCUCUAAAACUGGAAGUUAUUUUUGCCUGACAAGCCUGAAUCAAUAAUAAAGUGGCCUGAGGACAGCUUUACUUUGCUUUUGUUUUUUUGCAUUUUCUCCCCCCCCCCACCCCCGUCCUUUGAAAUUGGCAUUAUUUUAUAAUGGUAUAUAUAAAAAAAUGAACACUGGCUUGAAACUUGCCUUGUCUUACACCUUUUUCCAGGGAAGGCACUGAACACAUUUUUAUUUUGCGUUUGGAAAGGCCUUUUAUAAUGACAAAAAAUAGGAACUAAUCUCUUGCCAUUGGAAGGAGAAAAAGACCAUAGUGGGGGGAAAAUUGGUUAUUAUAGUUUGUUUUUCAGUUGCUGCGCUUAGAGUUGGUUUUUGUUCAGAACAAUUCGUACAGAUUCUACUUUUAAGAAUUUUUUAGAAAUCUUUGUGAGGAGGAUUUUGAUUAGAGACUGCUUGCCUCAAAACCUGACCCAAGUACUUUAAAAGUGGAAUGUGAAGUAAAACUGAGCAGUUUCUUAAACAGAAGGCAAAAUGUUUUAAAAUCAUAAAGUUCUAUGUUUAAUUGACAACUGUUUUAUAUCUAAGCCUUUUUCAUUCCUAUUUUAUUCUAUGAUUAUGCACUUUGGUUUUUAUUUAAUUGUGAAGAAGGGAAAAAUUACUGUACUUAUAUAUUCAUAAAUUACAGCUUUGAAAUCUUUACCAGAGAAUUGGGAAUUUUAAAAUGCCAUGAUAAACUUGUUUUAAUAAAACACCCAAUAGUGUCUUCUUCAGAAGUUUUAGACAAGUGUUGCUGGAGGGGUUCCUCCUUAUUCUCCAUUAAUGAGUCCUGGUGGUGGUGCUGGAGGACCCAUGAAAGACUGUGAAUACAGUCAGAUCAGCACUCAUAGCUCCUCUUCUCCCAUGGAGUCCCCCCAUAUGAAGAAAAGCAUUUCCAAGAGAAAAUGGGAGGUUUUCCCUGGAAGAAACAAAUUUUUUUGCAAUGGAAGGAUCAUGAUGGCUCGGCAGUCUGGAGUCUUCUACUUGACACUUGUUCUUAUUUUGGUUACCAGUGGACUCUUUUUUGCAUUUGAUUGCCCGUAUUUAUCUGAGAAGAUCACACCUGCAAUUCCUGCUGUUGGAGCAGUUCUGUUCUUUUUUGUUAUGGGGACCUUGCUACGUACUAGUUUCAGUGAUCCUGGAGUCUUGCCUCGUGCAACACCAGAAGAAGCAGCAGAUCUAGAAAGGCAAAUAGGUAACACAGAAGAUAUUGCAAAUGGCUCUAGUACAGGAGGAUACCGACCCCCUCCCAGAACAAAAGAAGUAAUCAUUAAUGGUCAGGCAAUUAAAUUAAAAUACUGUUUCACCUGCAAGAUUUUCCGUCCACCCCGUGCCUCACAUUGCAGCCUUUGUGAUAACUGUGUAGAACGGUUUGAUCAUCAUUGUCCCUGGGUAGGCAACUGUGUGGGGAAAAGAAACUACAGAUUUUUUUAUAUGUUUAUUUUAUCUCUGUCAUUUCUGACAGUUUUUAUAUUUGCAUUCGUUAUUACCCACAUCAUCCAUCGAACUCAGAAAACAGGAUUUUUAACUGCACUUAAGGACAGUCCUGCAAGCGUCCUAGAAGCUGUGGUGUGUUUCUUCUCCGUUUGGUCCAUUGUUGGGCUCUCAGGUUUUCAUACUUAUUUGAUCAGCUCCAAUCAAACAACCAAUGAGGAUAUCAAGGGAUCUUGGUCAAAUAAAAGAGGCAAGGAAAACUUCAAUCCUUAUAGCUAUGGCAACAUUUGUGCUAAUUGUUGCUCAGCACUUUGUGGGCCCAUUUCUCCUAGUUUAAUUGACCGAAGAGGAUUUAUCCAACCAGAUACCCCUCAGCCAGCAGCUUCCUCAAAUGGCAUUACAAUGUAUGGGGCCACACAGUCUCAGAGUAAUAUGAAAUCUCACACUUACAACUAUGGUUUCCACAUGUAAACUGAAGAAAGAAUUUGAAGAAGUCAACUUCUUGGUUUAGUCUUUGAUGUGGUCAUUUGGGGCUCAUAAUUGUACUAUUAUUUUUUCUGAUCUACAUUUUCUAUACUCUAACGUGAUUUAAAUUUACUGAUCAAUAAACUAUUCUUCUUUGCUGUUCUUCCUUUGUAUGCUUCUCCUUGCAGUACCAGCUACUGAAAUCUCCUUUCAGUACCAGCUCAAGAGUAGAGCAUCUGAUCAAUUUAAUAUGGCUGUAUUAUUACAGAAUAAUUUCCUUAGCUUACAACUUAAUCAGUGUUUUCUUAACUAGAGUUUUCUAAAGGAAAUAGAUAAUCCGUAAUGUAAAUCAUUUUUUAUUUUUUUCCCCACUCCCCAAAGUAGAGAUGAAAUCAGCAUUAAGACUUUUUUUUGAAUGAAGUCUCAUAAUAUUGAUCAACUACUGGUUUUAGCCAGUAAAAUAUUAUAUGUAUUGCUGGGAUAAAUAAUAGAAUUAUAUAUUUUUGUAAUGAUAGUUGUAAACUCAGGUAAAGGCUUGCAAUGAAAUCAGCAUAUGUUCUGAUAACACUGCAUAUGAUGAAACUAAGAGGUAUAGCCAUUUGAUUUCAUUUGAACAAUAGUUUCUGAGCUUUUAGAUAUUUCUCAAAAAGGCAAUAUUAACAAAAUAUUUUAAAGACUUCCAAAGAUUUGUUUUUUAAUUCAAACCUAUAUUAACCAAAAAUUCUAGCCAAAAGUUUGCUUCUAUGAAAUUUAGGAGAAAAAGCAAAGUCAAAGAUUUAUGGUUAAAGUAAAAUGAUAGAAAUAUUUUAAACACAACAUAACCUAUUAACUUUUUGACAUUGGAGACCAUAUGGCAUAUGAUGUGGAUUUUUAAAAAUCAGAUAUUCUUAUUUGAAAUGCUAUUUUUAAAUCUCCAUCUGAAAAUAAGUUCUGAAUUAAAUACAAACUUAUUAAAACUUAUCUUUAAAUGGUCGCACAUGGACAUUUAUAUAAGUUUGAAUAAGUUGUGGCUUAUAUGAUACAAAAAUGAUGGUUUGUUAUUGUAGACUUCCCAAUGAUAAUAUUCAAGGGAUGCUUUACUGUAUGAUCACAGCAGAAGAUUUCUGGUAUCAUCAGAUUACAAGACAUUUUUCCUUUGGUAGAUAUAAAAAAUAAAUUUUGAUAGGAAAAUAAUAUUCAUAGCUCUAUUAAAAUAUAGAAUAUACUAGGGAAUUAUACAAUAAAAGCUCAGCCUGGAAAAAUUCUUUGUAAGUAAUUGCCUCUUUUCUUUUAUGCCUUACAGCAAAGUUCUUCUUAGUUUCCCCAUUUUAUUAAGCCGUGAAUUAUAACCUAAUUGGCUCUCUGGGGACAAUUUCUAAGGACCAGUAAAGAACAGGCAAUAUUGAAAACAAGUCUGUUUUCAGACUUUUAAUUGUAAGCCAGUGUGUUUUAUUUGUUACCAUAGAUUUAAAUUGGUAUGUAUGUUUGUUCAGUUAAAUAGUCAAAAUAGGGAAAUUGAUUUAAAAUAACAGUGAUUUCAUAUGUGUCUUUAGCAUCGUGAUGUUUGUCAUUAUGUAUUGUAACAUGGUACUGUUAAUUUAUAAUCUUAAUAUUUGUAAAUCUGGGAACAAAAUUCCAGAAAAAUUCAAUAGUCUAACAUGUUCCAGUGAAGUGUGAUGGUUUGGUGAUGAUGAUCAUUUCAAACUGUAUAUAUGUUUUAGUUAUGACUUCAGAGUUUUGAUCCUUUCAAACUAGUCUACUCUCCAAAUAAUUUCAGUUCCUCUAAAUUAAUUAUUCAUGCCACUUCACUCUCAUUGUUCUCAGUAUCUAAAUCUGUUGAAACAUUGCAAAUUUGAUAAGCCCUUAUUGCUUUAUUUUUCUAAUUGAUGAAUGAUGAAAGUAAAUUAUCUCCAUAACAGCACUUUUAAAUAUCCCCUUCCAUCUGAAAAACUAACUUUAUCGUAAAAAACAGGCAACUAACUGAUCUAGCAUAGUUUUUAAAUCAAUAUGAAGGUUAGACCUUGCUUACUGACUGCCUCAUUGAACAACCAUUUGAAAUUACAAUGGCUGAAAAAAAUCCCAUUUUAUAAUCAAUCCUUUCAUUUAUGACUGUCACAGCAUCCCAUGAUCACAUGAUUGCCAUUUGUAUGUUUCACAACUGGCUUCCAACAGGCAGCAUAGAGGACAUAGAAGUGAAAUCAUAAGUCACAGUUGUGUAUAAUGUCUCACUCAAUGAUUGCAGAGAUUUACUUAAAAUGGAAGUGAAGUUGGGAGUCCAUUGCCAUCAUGUGGUUUUCCACUUAGCACCUGCAUCACUUGGCAACAAAUUUGGCAGUCCCAAUCAUGGUCAGUAAGCAAAGACUACCUGUAAUUCUUUUUAUGCCACAGAUAUAUUUGUAAAGUAGAAAUAUGAAAUAUUUUAAUUAUAUUUUGAUCCAUCUAUAUAAUUUUCAUGUAAAAUCUUUAUAGUAUAAUUGGAAAAAUUAGAACAUCAAACCUGCAUUAAUAUUACUUUAAAUACCCAUUGCUUCACUGCCUAAAUGUUUAAAAAUAUUUGGGUUUUUAUGGUUUUUUUCUCUCUCAAUAUUUCCAUUAUUUUAAUAGGGGACUGAAGUUAGAUUAACCAGGUGGUAAUUGACAGGAUCACCUUUUCCUUUUUGAAGGUUGGUAGUAUAUUUUGCUUUUAUCCCCAUCCUAGUACACUGCUAGUACUCCAUCAUUUCUUUAACUAGUUCUUUUAUGCCAUAAAAUACACCAUGAGACUCCACUCACUCACCAAAAGUCAUGUUUCCUAAACAUUUUUUCAUUAGUAUUUGAGACUGCAAUCCACACUCACUCAGUUGUUCCACAGAAUUACAAAGGCUAUUCUUGAUUCAGCGUUGUGGAUUGUGCCAUCCCUUCAUAACUAAUUCACCUCUUUUUUAUUAUGUUCAAGAAAACAUUUUAGAUAUUUUAGAAAUAUGUGUUACUGCUGCGUUUAUAUGUAUUUUCUUUACAAAUUCCUGGAACUGGGAUUAUUUUAAUACUACGGUAUGUAGUCCUGGAAAUGUCAGUACCUCAUUUAUCUGUCCUGUGAUGUCUAUAUUCUUCUUAAGCACUUUAAUCUUACAGAGCUCUUUCAUCAUUUUCUGUUUUAAAUUUGGGAUAGUUCUUCAAUUAAAGCUGAAUACAGAUUCAGCCCAGAUCCUUAUAAUAUGGAUUUGUUGUUAAUUGUAAUUUCGAUGUCAUUAUUCUGUAGAUACUCCAAAAAAAGAAAAUAUUUAAAAACAUUAUAAAUAAGGUAAAAUACUUGAAGACUAAAAAAAAUAAAAUGCUAGUGAGGGGAAAAAGAAAAAAAACUGCCACUGCAGGAAGCUUCCCUUUCAGCUGAUAAAACAUUACACAUAUACAUACAUACCCAAAUGCUAUGACCCACCAGAAAGCAUGUUACUGUCUCUGUUACUGUACCAAAACUGUGGAUAAACUGAACAGGCAGUAUUUACAGUUUUAAAGCAAUAGCUAUCAAAUCAGGUUUAUUGAGUUUGACAGACUCCUAAUCUUUUAAACCUGAUUAAUAGAAAAGCUAUUAUAAUUUGCAUCAACAAGAAUGGUCCACGAUGCCAUCUUAACAGCCACUAUCUCAGUGAAGCUAUUUAUCACAAAGAAUGCAUAUGUUUUUAUGAGUCCCCUUUGCCUCAAUAUUUUAUAACCCUUUGCAUAUUUUUCUGUUUUUCUGUAUUACAAAAAGGGCUUCUGUAACAGCAUGAAACGGAGGUAGCUUUCAUGCAGCAUGAUAGGAACCCAUUAAAUAUUCGCUACAAUAUGCUGUUCUUUUUUUUUUACUUGUUCUAUUUUACUUAUUUCCCUUUUUUAAAAUAGUCUUUUUCAUAAGUUCAAUACUUUUUAUAUUUCUUCCAAGUCCCUUUCAAUCUCUUUCACUCAUUGAUGUAGAAUUCCAGUGGUUCCAAUCAUUGACCAAGACACACAACAUGGAAAAAUAAAUGUAUUGAUUUUGUAAUGCUUAAUUGCAAUUUAUUUUUGAAAACUUUUAGAUAUGGUAGAAUAAAAUUAUCUUUUUAUCUCAGUCCUAGCCAGAAAGUAAAAUGGACUCAUCUUUGAUGCUGCAGAUAUGUUCCUUGGAUUAUAAUCCAAUUAGUAGAUAUGUUUUUGUGUUCUAAAUUAAGAGUUCAAAAAAUCUGUUUAGUGCUGUUAUUUUAAAAAGAAAUAAAAACAACCUUUAAAA